UGGCGCUAAUGCAGCGAAAAGACGUUUGUUUUACCCCUGUUAAACAAGGACGAAGAAGCCUGCCCAAUACCAUAGCUACACACUAACCAUACAAUGAGUAACUGUCAGUGAAGUUUUACAGUUACAGUCGUUACUGGCCGUCAAAUGUGGAGGUUAAACAAAGUUCGUCACAAAGCCGGACGACCAGGCGGCAGCUUGGAGGAGCUCAGGCUGAAGAGGCGAGAGAACGAGAGAGCACUGAGACAGGCACGCAGAGACAGGCAGCUGGUGAGCAAGAGACUACUGCUAAAUGAAGAUGAGGAGCAGCUGGACGUUAGCAUGGACACAGCCCCAGGAGGACAUGACAUUGUUAGUCUGCUCCACAAACUUCAACACAGCGGGACAGAUAAGGAGGCACACCUGAAGGCCUUGAGUAAAGUUCUGCGGGACCCAUCUGCACAGCUCACCUUUAUCAAGCACGAGAACAGUAUGCAUCUGCUGGUCGGCCUCCUCACUGGCUCUAAUGCUCAGUGCCGCCUGCAGGCCGUUCGGUGUCUUCACGAGCUCUCUCACUCUUCCCACACUAAUGUGGCUCCAGCCUGUCUGCCUGCUACCCCUUACCUGCUCACUUACCUGUCUGGCCCAAGCACUAAGUUUACAGAGCUGUGUCUCUACACACUUGGUAACAUGUGUCCAGACAGUGAUGUGGUAAGAGAGAAGCUCCUCGCUCAGGGAAUCGUUCCCGCUCUGACCAGCUGUAUAGAGAACCAACGACACAACCUUGCAGUAGUGGAAGCUGCAGCAUUCACCCUCUCUCAGCUUCUCCAGGCCAGAGACGCACCCGAGAAGAUAAUCCCGAUGGUCCUCAAGUCUACCUUGCCUUCACACUUGUUAUCCGUCCUUACCCCCGACCCACAGUUCGGCCUGGCUCCUGCCAUAGAGUGUGCAUGGUGUCUCCAUUACCUCAUAUGCAGCACAGAAGAUAACAAAGAGCUGCUGGCUCAGGGUGCCCUGUCACAGUGCAGCUCCUUGUUAGUGUCACUAGGUGGUGCUGUGACCGAGGGAAACAAAGAAGAUGGGCUCGAGCUGCUCAUCUGGCCUCUGUUGAGGUGUGUGGGAAACCUCUUGUCCUCCUGCCCGGUGGAAGACCUGAAUGCUCACCUGAGUGAUGCUCAUCUGCCGGCUUCUCUGUGUGCACUUGUUCAAGCCUACCUGCACACCCUGCCAGCCUUGGCCAGAGAGACCGUCUGGGUCCUCAACAACCUCACAGCUCACUCCACUGAAUUCUGCUCCGCCCUCUUGACUCUAAACUUGGUUCCAGGAUUGAUCCAACUUCUCCCAUUUUCUCAAGGCAUUAAUACUAUGAUUCUCAGGAUUCUGGCUAAUAUUGCCCACAAGAAAAAGGAGUUCUGUGUCAAGCUCAUGCAGCUUGGUUUACUGUCUGCACUCUGUGCCACACUUAAAAUGGCUGAUCAGGAAAUGGUGAUUCGGAGCCUGGACAUCCUGUUCAUGAUGACUGUCAGCAGUCCAGUGGUGGCAGAGGAGUUUGUCAGGCAAGGUGGGCUUUCACUGUUGGAGGUCCUUCAGUACAAUGGUGCAGCAGAGAUGAGACAAAGGUCGACAUACCUCCUGGAGAAGCACUUGUUGUCCUACCAACAGCAUAUAACAGUGGACAAUGUGCCGGAUCCUUGAAUCAACAAGAAGACUUGUUGUGUUAGGAGGGCCCAGCUGAGGAUAACAACAUGUUUACAUUUUGAUAUGGUAGAUAUUGUAUGAUGCUGCAAGAAAAACCUGUUUGUGUAUUUGAAGUAAUUAGUGAUAAAAAUGCUGUCUUGUAUGUUUUUAUUCAUGGAAUUUUAAUCUCUGCAAAUAUUAAAUAUUUUUAUAAUA